AUGCUGGCACGUACUGUUUUGCGCAGCGUGCCCUUCCGGGGCGUCGCACGCCAGUCCUUGAACAAGACCUCCACGCGUGCGUCUUCCUCCGCCGCCGGUGCCGAAUCCGCCAGCUCCCCCUUCCACCUCACACUCACUGCGUCCGCCGCAACCGCCGUCGCUCUCGGAUCCGCCGCGUAUCUCUAUGGCCAGGAGGCUUUUGCCAUGACACCUGCUGAGGAGGGAUUGCACCCUACCGCUUACCCUUGGGAGCACGCCAAGUGGAACAAGACCUUCGAUCACCAGGCCCUCCGUCGUGGUUUCCAGGUCUACCGUGAAGUCUGUGCCAGCUGCCACUCCCUGACCCGUGUGCCUUGGCGCUCGUUCGUCGGUGUCAUGCACACCGUCGAUGAGAUGAAGGCCAUGGCCGAGGAGAACGAGUACGACACCGAGCCCAACGACCAGGGCGAGAUCGAGAAGCGUCCCGGAAAGCUGUCCGACUACAUCCCUGCUCCCUACAAGAACGAGGAGGCUGCUCGUGCUGCCAACGGUGGUGCCCUGCCCCCGGAUCUCAGCUUGAUCGUCAAGGGCCGUCACGGUGGCUGCAACUACAUCUUCAGUCUGCUGACCGGUUACCCCGAUGAGCCCCCGGCUGGUGCCACCGUCGGUGCUGGCAUGAACUUCAACCCCUACUUCCCCGGUACCGCCAUUGCCAUGGGCCGUGUUCUUUUCGAUGGUGUUGUCGAGUACGAGGAUGGCACCCCCGCCACUACCUCCCAGAUGGCCAAGGACGUUGUCGAGUUCCUUAACUGGGCUGCCGAGCCUGAGAUGGACGACCGCAAGAAGAUGGGUGUCAAGGCUAUCACCCUCCUGACCGGUCUCUUCGCCAUCAGCGUCUGGGUUAAGCGUUACAAGUGGUCCCCGAUCAAGACGAGAAAGAUUGUGUACAGCCCCCCCGUUUCCCGGCGCUGA